AAAAUUAUUUGAAUGAGAUUUUAGACAAGAGAACUUUAAAAUGAUUAAAACGAAUGAUUCGUAUUGUUCUUGUUGUUGAUCUUGCUUUAUUGAAAUAUUUUCUUUAUUUGCAGGGUGGAUGGAGGCCAGAGACAGUCAGAAACCCUUUUUCAAAGCAGAGUUCAAUGGGAAGCAGCAGAGUCGUCCCUAGUCCUACUACCUCCACCAUAGUGUCGCCUCACAUUCGUCUUACUGACAUUACUGUGCCACAACAGCAAGGGAAUGCCCCAGCGUUAGCUCAGCAACUAGUUGCACCCAUGACACAGUUGCUGCCUCAAUCAAAUCCAGGGAUGAUCCCUGAAAUGCGACAGCCUCCAGUAGUUCCCUCUCCAAUUACACAGAAAGAUGUAACCUUAACCAUUAAAAAUCAACCCACCAUGCACUCUUACAUGCCAAACUUUCAGGUUGCAGCUGGCCCAUCAUUGCAGUUUGAAACCAUAACUAACGUAAAAUCUUCACCACCAGUGACCAUGGCACCAACAGCAGCAGAAAAGUUACAUACUCCAUUUUCCUUGCCAGCCUAUGUAUCAAGGUCACAAACACAGUCACAAUUGCAGUCACAGCCAUCCCUUACAUCUGAUCCACUAUUUACUCAUGCAUAUUCAUCUAGAGUUCCAUUGGGAAAUAUUGAUGCAGUAACUGAUCUAUGGAGAGCCAGGCAAGGUUUGGCUUCUACUCCUUACUCUCAGGCCAAUCAGAACAAUUAUAAUACAUCAUUGGGAGGACCUGUGCAGCCUCAGUUGGAGCCAGGUCCUCCAUUGGAAGGGAAUGAGUUUGUGAGUAACAAAGGAUUUGAGUCAUGGAGUCCGGACAAAAGUUCCACUAGAUCUCCAGGGUAUGUACCAAGACGAAACCUAGGGCCUGGAACAAACCCCAGAUGGGGUUACAGGCCAGAUAAUUCAUGGCAACAGGGUUCAUCUGAGUACUGGGAUCAUAACAGACAGGGCAAUAGAAGGUGGCGUGACCGGAGGAGAUGACUUGUUCCGGGUUUUAGAAGUGAUUGAUUCUGCCUGGCCUGUUAUCAGCUUCCUGUAUACACUAAAUGUUUAGUGACAUUUUUGUGUUCGGAGAAAAGGAUGGGUAGAUAUAUGAGAAGAUAGGAACAGUAAAUAUAAUGAACAUUACAGA